AUGGAAGAUGGAAGAAGAGACAACUAUGAAGGUGUAAGUACUGCUUACCUUAAGCAAAAGUUAAGGGAUGAAAUUAAAAGGAAAGAUGCAGUACUACUCUCAAUAUAUGAGUUAAGACAGAAGAUCACGGAACUAGAAACUAAAAUCAAGAAUGGAAAAGAAGGCUGUGAGUGGAGAGUGCGUUAUGAGGCACAAUUGGAAAUGAAUUCUCACUUAGAGAAGCAAGUGCUUUACCUUAAAGAGAAAGUGGACAAAGUCCGUGGAAACUAUACAGAUAGACUAGCUUCUAUUCGUGUCUAUGAGCAAAUGCCAGUAGAAUCCUUAAUUGAAGUAUUAAGACACCUAAGUAAAGAAAAAAGGAUUCUUGAAAAUCAAGUAAAAGACUAUGCACUUAGACUGGAACAAGAAUCAAAGCUUAGCCGCAAGGCCCAUGAUGAAUGCUGUAAAUAUGCAGCUGAAUUACACUGGAUAUCGUCACAUCCAGCUUUCAGAAGACAGCAGGUAGAUUAUAUGAAGAGAAUGAAAGAUAAUCCAAUGAACGCAGACUGA